AUGUUUAAUGUACAAUUAAGCAGUACAGAGCCUCAUAUUACAAGCACCGCUAAAAAUCAUAAUUCCAACAGUGUAUUUUAUACACCACUUACUUCAUUUGCUGAAAUGUGGUACCAAAUAUUUUUAUGGGCACUGUUUUCAUCAAUAUUUGUCCACACAAUAGCAGCAUCGAUUUGUUUUGGGACUUUGCGUAAACACAAAUAUGGAAAAUUCUUUCCAAUCCUGAUUCUGGUAAUGGGAUUUUUGUUGCCAUUGACGUCCGGGGUGUUGAGCUCUGCGGCAAUAGCGUUUGUUUAUCGGGCAUCCAGCUACCAAAUGCCACCUUUGUACGCAUUGUUUUGGGGGAUAGGACAAACUGUUUUGGCUGCUUGCGUCGGUUUCACUCGCAUUCUAGCGACCUUGUAA